GACUUGCAGGAGCUCCACAAACAGAACAAGUUAGUUCCGUUACUUCAAUAGACAAUAAACAAAUGCUUGAAAUCGUGUAGCCAAGGUGCAACUUCUAGGUCCUUUGGCACAAGGGUCCUUAAAAAAUGGGGAUCGUCGUAAGUAAUCGUAUAUCAGACAGGGUCCGCCAGAAAGCAGACAUAAAGCAGCCAGAAAUUAGCCAGAAAGCAGACAACAAGCAGCCUACUACCAGACAGCAACAUAUGGUGCUGUGGCUGGCAGUGCUGUCUCCUCUGUAGAGCCAUUACGUGGCGCUUAGACGACCAUCCAAACCUUAGCCCGUCCCUCAAUUUUGGCUGUAAGUUCCACCAACACUCUUCCCACCACAAUGGUUGCACAGACCCUACGCCGUGCUCUACGCUAUGCCGGAGGCCGCUCGAUCCCUUUCUAUGUAACCAUCGUGUUUGUGGCCAACCUCUUGAUAUACUGCCGCCAUUCUGGCAUCGAUGUCAAAGACAAGGUAACGAUACAAGACGCCGAUUCCUUUCAGAAAAGUCCCAGGGAUCCCCAAUUGUACAGGUCCGAGCUUCCUCCCACUAUCAACAGUAAUGGAGAGCCCACCAACGAGGCUUUCGACCCCAGGUUGGCGCCAGCGCUUGCGAUCAACUCCAUCGCCCACCAUUUACGUCAUUUACUGCCCAAAACCUGGGACAGCCAAUACAAAUUGCCAUUCAGCUGGUCAUCGUGGGUCGAAUUAACCGCUGGUACCGACUUCAGGUACACAGAGGAUGCCCCAUGGGUGUUGUUGGACCCAGAAACCCGUGCUGCUAAAGUGGUCUCUUCCACUGACGAGGCCCUAGACCUCCAAACACGGACUCAGAUGGGCGCCAGCUACCUCCUCCACUCUGCCCCAGUACCCUACAGGCUAGCAGUGCUUGGAGUCGGGCCAAAAAAACAUACUUUGAUUGUCCCAUUGUACGAUGGAGAGGGUUCUGAUUUGAACCAAUUGGCCAAAGACUAUAAACAACGACAGCCUGGAGAAGAGCACACAGAGAUCCAAAAGGAGAUAACCUUGCUCAAUGGGUUAUGUAGUUCCUUGUUAGUAGAGGACCCCAAAGACCAGGAACUCAUCCAGGACAAAUUGAGAGCAGUGGCAGCAGAAGUCCAACCUCUAAAGAAAGAAGAUUUUAAGCUUGAUGCCAAUACCCAUUACCAGGAAAUAAAGACACGAGUGGCUACACCAGAAAAUGUACUUGAUAGAAGAUUAUAUUCGGCACUUCGUACUAGCCCUUCCGAAAAGUACUUUCAUGAAGCCGUGAUCCACGAAGACAAGAGAGGCUAUCAUUAUGAUUGAAGGUUCUUCAAUACGGUCGACUAUACGAACUACGAGAGAAAGGCGAUUUUACACCGUCUUUCAAGAGCAUGGCUCCGGUAUGCAAAUUCGGUAGGGAUCCAAACUUGGCUCGCCCACGGUACGUUGUUGGGAUGGUUUUGGAAUGGCUUAAAUUUGCCCUGGGAUCUGGAUCUUGAUGUGCAGAUCACAACAACAUCCCUACUAUUGUUGGCCCGCAACUACAAUCAGACAUUGGUAUUAGAUGUGACUGAUAAUGAUAUCAAUCUGGGAGUGGCCACUUAUCUAGUUGACGUUGGC